UAUAUAUAUAUAUAUAUAUACAGAUAGAUAGUUUGAGGUGCACAAAAUGAAAUAAAAUCAUUGUGGUGCUUUUUGAAUAAACAUUUCAGUGCUAACCCAGAUUGUCAUUUUUUUUAUACAAAAUCAUUACUUUAGAGAAAUUUAAAUAUGUUUAGUUUUGUGCAGCUGCUUGCCUUAGUGAUUAAAAAUCACUUAAAAAUCUGGUAGUAACAUCUGGCUAAUAAUAAUAAUAAUAAUAAUAACUUGGCCGAAAAACUGACUAACGAUAGCCGCCAUGGGACUACAAUUCCCAUCAGCCUUUGUGGCAUAACAGCGCUUCAUUGUGCGACGCUUUUUGCAGCUAAAGACGAGAAGAACGGAUAAAUAAAAGGCAGGCGAGCCCGGCUGUGCUUCGGGGGGGGAGUCCUGACUGCGGGGAUGGAGCUGGAGCCCGGGACGGGGGCGGCGCUAGCCCUCGCCCAGCCGGAGAGCUUCGUUCCUGGAGAGGUGAAGCCGGAGGAGGAGGUGGAGGAGGAGGGGCUGGGCGAGGUCUGGGAGUGGGAGACCACCGUCAUCAAACAGGAGGAGGAGCAGGAGGCAGAGCUCGCUGAGUCCAGCCUCCAGGGAGCGGGGGUGCAGGAGGGUGACCCCUGGGGUACGGAGGGGCAGCUGUUUCCGAACGGAGCUGCGGGGAGCGGCUGUGAGGCAGGGGCCGCACUCCUCACAGGGUCCCGGAAGCGCAAAGCAGCGUGGACUGCGAAGCUGCCCCAGGAGGAAGGAGGCAGGGAGGGGAACGGUUACCCCUUCUACCCCGAAAUGGGAGGCGAGAUCAGAGAGAUGCGGGAGAUCGGAGCGAUGGGGGAGAUCGAGGAGAUGCGGGUGAUGGGAGAAAUGGGGGAGAUGGGGGGCCCCCUCUUCGCGGUGCCAGGCGACGAAGGCUGCCAGCAGUUCCAGCACCCCGUGCCGAGAGAGGAGGUACCCCAGGGGAGCAGCUCAGGGUCAGGCUCUGAAGGGCCGUGUGGGAGCAGCCUGAUCUCUCAGCAGCAGCAUCAGAGACAGCAGCGGGGGGGCGGGGGGGGGCAGGUCUGGGCAUCCCCUCCUCCCCCCUACCCCUCCACGGACUCCUCCCCCCCCUGCUCCAGGGCGUCCCGGCACUUCUCGGAGCUGGAGAAGAGGGUGCUGCUGGGGCUGAUCGAGAGACACCGCUCGGUGCUGGAGAGCCGCAAGGGCGACGCGGGGACCGUCCUGCGCAAGCAGCGCACGUGGCAACAGCUGGGAGCUGAGUUCAACGGGCACCCCUGCGUCUUCCACCGCGACGCCAAGCAGCUGCGCAAGUGCUGGGAGAACAUCAAGGCCCGGGCCAAGAAGACCGCCCGCUCUUCCGCCCAGGCGAGGAGAGCCAAGGCCGGGGCCUGGGGAGGAGAGGAGACAGGAACCAAGGGGAAGCAGGAGAGCAGGGAGCCGGGGCCGAGGGGAAAGGGGGAGCCCGGGGAGGGGAAGGGGAGUAGGGUGUCGGGGAGCGAGCAGGUGCCAGGGGCGCAGACUUGGAGGAGCGGCCAAGAGAGUGUGGAGGGAGGAGGAGGGGGGAGAGGGUUAGGGUUAGGGUUGGGGUUGGGGUUGGGGCAGGAGCGUGAUUGGGGCUUGAGGACCCCUGGCUGGAGCGGUGCAGGGGGGCAGAGGAGGUCGAGGCUCGGGGUCAGGUUGGGGUUAAAGGGAGGAGAACCUCUGGGAGAUGGGCCGGAGUCGACUGACACCCCGAAACCGCAGAGGAGCGUGAACGGGGCACCCCCACUUUCUGUCAGUGCCAGCGUCUCAACGCAGGAGCCCAGCUUGGCCAAUCAGCAUCAACGUGGCUUCGGGGAAGAAGUUGUGGAUCUCUGCGUGGAGGAAUGGGGUGUCUCGGAGCUGAAGAAAAGAACCCCCAGACCCUGCAGCCUUGCCCCUUCCUCCUCCUCCUCCUCCUCCUCUCCCCUUGCUCUCCCCACGGCCAGACCGGGUGAGACAGGGAGCAGCAGCAGAAGGGAAACUGGGAACCAGCCCCUGCCCCCACCGCCCCACCUCUUCACCAGCCCCGCCCUGGACACACGGAGACCGGAGGGGGCCAGGGGCAAGAGGAAAGGUCUGGGCAGGGGCCUGGGCCCCCCUGGUGUGGGCCCGCCUCGCAGGGAGGAUCAGCUCCAGCUCUCCCUGGUCCGGCUGCAGAUCAGACAGGCGGUGGAGCUCCACAUGGUGAAGAAGCAGCAGCUCCGGAGAGCAGGGGAGCUGGUGGAGGAGGAGCACCGUGCCAGGAUGAGGGUGCUGAGAAACAAGGAGCAGUACUGGGAGAGGAAGCUGCAGCCGCUGCUCCCCCCACCGCCCGCUCCUCCCUCCUACCCAGCUCUGCCCUCACAGCCCCUCCUCUCCUCACCUCCCCUCCCCCCUCCCUCCUUCCCCUACGCCUCCCUCUCCUCACAGCCCGGAGCUGGGAGGCUCGGCAGACUGUAGCAGCGAUUUAGUUUGGGGGGGGGGGGUCAAUUCCUAUUUUUUUUGUGUGUGCGUGCGUGUGUGUGUGUGUAUAUAUAUAUAUAUAAACAAUUCCAAUUGUUUUGUAAAAAUCUGUUCCUCAUCUGUUUUAUUUUCGAUUGUUCCAGAUCGAGGUCUCAGUGGGGGGAGGGUCUUCGCUGGCAUCGAUCUGGUUUUCCGCUCCAGGUGAAACGGCCGCUGGGGGGGCAGAGUUGUGAGGAUCGCUGUUCUCCUCGGCGGAGUCUUCAAUGUAAAGCAGCGAUCGAUCGAUCAGUCGACACAAACCCCAGCGGCUUUUUCUCUGUUUGCUCCGAGCGGUAAAUCGGCAGUGACGGACCGCACCAACCCCCCCCCCAAGCUCUGUCCUGUCGAGAGAACGAUCGCUUUGUGCUGUACAGUUCAUUUUGAGGCUUCAUGUUGCAUUAAUUUAAAUGUUUGUACAAUAAAUGUUUUGAUUUCUA